CCCUACCUCACUGAAGGUAUAAAUAUAAAGUGUAGCAGUGUGAAAUGAGAAAAGGAACAUAUUUCAUCUGUUGACGAGAGCGUUUUCAUCUGGCAUAGAAGACACCAGAUCCCAUACAGGACUGAUGGGGCAGUUAGCAUCCAAGCGUGGCUGGUUGGCCCGCUUCUCAACCAGUGAUGAAGGACCUCCCAGAUACUCUUCACAGCAUUUUGACACCAGCAUCCAUCAACAAGAUGGUAACCUCCAAAUUCCUCCAACCGCCGUUGUCUCUGACGUGGAUUCAAGCGCAUCAGAGCACCGGGGCUCAAAGACGGAGCAGCAGAGACCUUCCUUCUACAGCACCUUAGACCUGGUGCCCCAGCUGGAUCAUUAUGCCAGUACACUGCCACGCCAGCAGACGAGGAGCCGACCAUCUCUUGAGGUUCUCCGCAGGUCAUUUGAGGAGCUGGAUGUGGCACACACCACCACAGUCGCAGGAGUUACCACCCUGUCAGUCACAGACAGCGAUAAGGAAGAAUCACAAACUCCGCAGGAAAAAGCUCCCGUUAGAUUUGGCUGGGUGACUGGAGUCAUGAUUCGUUGCAUGCUGAAUAUUUGGGGAGUCAUCCUGUUUCUCCGCCUAUCAUGGAUCACUUCUCAGGCAGGCAUUUUGUUGACCUGGCUUAUUAUCCUGAUGUCUGUGACGGUGACCUCGAUAAGUGCCCUCUCCAUCUCUGCUAUCGCCACCAACGGGAGGGUGAUAUCAGGUGGGGCGUAUUUCAUGAUGUCACGCUCCCUGGGUCCUGAAAUUGGCGGGCCAAUUGGGGUAGUCUUUUCCUUCGCAAACGCCCUAGCCUGUGCCCUCCACACUGUUGGCUUUGCAGAGACGGUCCGUGAUCUAAUGCAGGAGUUUGGUGUCGUCAUAGUCGACCCAGUCAAUGACGUCCGUAUUGUGGGCGUGAUCACGGUGGCUGUUCUUCUGUUGAUCACAUUGGCUGGAAUGGAGUGGGAGUCCAAGACCCAGAUUUUGUUCUUUGCAGUUAUCAUGGUCUCAUUUGCCAACUACUUCGUGGGCACAAUCAUCCCUCCCGGUCCAGAGAAACAGGCCCAGGGCAUCUUUGGAUACCGCAGUGAGAUAUUCAUAUCGAACCUAAAACCAGACUGGAGAGGACCUGAAGGCAGCUUUUUCCAGAUGUUUGCCAUUUUCUUCCCCUCCACCACCGGCAUCCUGUCUGGAGCCAACAUCUCUGGAGACCUUAAAGACCCUGCUACUGCUAUCCCCAAAGGCACACUAUCAGCCAUUUUCUGGACUACAGUGAGCUAUCUACUAAUUUCUGUAACUGUUGCAUCGUGUGUGGUGCGGGAUGCCUCUGGUAACAUCACUGACAUCCUGACUGGAAACAUCACUGACGACUGUGUGGGUCUGUCAUGUAACCUAGGCUGGAACUUCACAGAGUGCAUCCAGUCACAGUCUUGUGAAUAUGGCCUGGCCAACAACUUAAAGGUACUGGGCCAAAUCUCAGGUUUCUACUACCUCAUUACUGCCGGUAUCUUUGCAGCCAGCUUAUCGUCUGCCCUCGGCUUCCUCGUGUCCGCCCCUAAAAUCUUUCAGUGUCUGUGCAGAGACAACAUAUACCCGUACAUUGGAUUCUUUGCAAAGGGUUAUGGGAAAAAUGAUGAGCCGCGCCGGGCCUAUUUACUCUGCUCCAUCAUUGCUGUGGCCUUUGUUCUCAUUGCUGAGCUGAACACUAUCGCAGCCUUGAUCUCCAACUUCUUCCUGUGUUCCUACUGCCUCAUCAACUUCAGCUGCUUUCACGCAUCUAUCACCAACUCCCCUGGUUGGAGGCCGUCAUUUCACUACUACAGUAAGUGGUCAGCUUUGUUUGGAGCAGUCAUCUCUGUGGUGCUGAUGUUCCUGUUUACCUGGUGGGCUGCUCUCCUCACCUUCUGUAUCAUCUUCUUCCUGUUUGGAUACGUCAACUACAACAAGCCAAAGGUAAACUGGGGUUCAUCAGUCCAGGCGGGUACAUACAACAUGGCUUUGUCAUACUCUGUCUCUUUGUCUGGUGUCGAGGAUCAUGUCAAGAAUUUUAGACCACAAUGUCUCGUCCUGACUGGGCCACCAAACCAGCGACCAGCUCUCGUGGACUUUGUUGGUUCUUUCACAAAGCAUAUAAGCCUCAUGAUCUGUGGAGAUAUAAUCAUGGAAAAGGACAGGCAGACUCGGCAGCAAGAUGCCACAGAUUGGUUGGUGAAGUGGAUGAACAAGAGGAAGGUGCGCUCCUUUUAUACUGCUUUCACUGCCGACAGCCUCAGAGUUGGUGCUCGACACUUGCUACAGGCUUCUGGUCUUGGCAAGCUGAAGCCCAACACUCUGGUCCUGGGCUUCAAGGCAAACUGGGGGGACAGUUCUCCUGAAAGCAUUGAAGAUUAUACCAACACCAUAUAUGAUACCUUCGACUCCAACUACUGUUUAUGUAUCUUGAGGAUGAUGGACGGGCUGGAUAUCUCUGACCAGUUUGAUUUUGAAGUGAACGAGGGCUUUGAGCCUGAUGAACCUGUUGAAAAUGACGACCAGCAGUCUCCAGAAAGGGAUUCAGUUGUCAACAUCUUCGAUAAAGGCGACAGUGAUCAGAUUAAGACAGUGUUUCAGAACGACCAGGGGAAGAAGACCAUCGACAUCUACUGGAUAGCUGAUGAUGGAGGUCUGACUCUGCUGGUGCCUUACCUGCUCACCAGGAGGAAACGCUGGCACCGCUGUAAGAUCAGAGUCUUCAUUGUGGGAGAUCAGCAAAACAUGGAGGAAGGCCGCAAUGAGAUGAUAGCUCUGCUGAAGAGGUUUCGUUUGGAUUUCAACGAUGUUACCGUCAUGACGGACAGUGAGAGGCGUCCAAAUGCCAAGAAUCUGAGUCGGUUUGUGGACAGUGUCGCCCCCUUCAGGCUAUAUGAUGAACAGCAGGAAAGUGUCUCAGUUCAGGAACUGAAACAAAGCAGCCAGUGGAAAAUAUCAGACAAAGAGUUUGAGGCCUUCAAGCUUAAGUCUGAGAGAAAAGUGAGGCUGAAUGAAAUAAUCCGGAGGAAUUCCCAACAUGCUGCUCUCGUGCUUGUGAGCCUUCCUGUGCCACACAAUGACUGCCCCAGUGCUCUGUACAUGGCCUGGCUGGAUACUUUGACCUAUGGCCUCCACUGCCCCGUGGUGCUGAUACGAGGAAACCAGCAGAACGUCCUCACUUUUUACUGCCAGUGAAUCCUGUCUAACAGGGUUGCAUGUUUUGAGACAAUUUGUACAGAAUGAAAUGAUUGGCCGUGCUUGUUAUUUAUUGAUUGCUGUUGGAAUGGGAAUACAUGGGAAAAAAAUAUGAAAUGAAUUGCCAGGGAAAAAGCUAAAUAAAUCUAAUAUGUGAAAUAAGUAAAAACCAAUGCAGUUACUUGCUUCACUGUCAUCAAGAUCAUGUUCACCUGCCAGUGAAAGCAGAGAAAGAGGAGGACUAUAGCACUCUCAGUGUUACUCAGCUGGAGCCACAAACUGAUACAAGCCAAAGAGGUUUUGAUGAGCUGUUCUGGGUUGGCUGAGUCUCCAGAACAGCUUCAUCACACCUUAGCAUAAAAUCUACAAAUUUCUACGAAAGGGAUGAAAACAAUUCUUCCAAAAGAUAUUACCUUGUUUGGUGUUUUGAUGAUGGUGGUGGAGAGCACCAUCUAACAUCUCGCUCCAUAAUCUCCUGUAAAUGUCAAGUUGAGUUGAGAUCUGGGCCUUAGCACAUGAGCCAUCAAUUACUUAUAUAAUUUAACGUGCCCUUAUGGAAGCAUCUGCAUUUAAUAUGCUGCUCUACUUCCUUUUUAUUUGUCAGCCAUCUCUGCAGAUACACUAUAUUUAGAUUGUUAACUGGGGAAUUUAAGAACUGAUCAUCAGAAAUCAAGAUAAAACAAA